CGAAGCGCCCUCUCUUCUACCGUCGGAUUACGGGAGAGGCAGCACGCUACCGGACGGUCACCGAGCCAUAGAAACGUCGAAUAAAACCAACACUUCUCAGUCCUGUAACCAGAAGUGAGUAGAGAAGACGUCCACCGUGAGAGAGAGAAAUGGAUCAGUCUGGGCAAAACCCUCAGCAAAGAGGAGUCCCUCCUCAUGCCGUACCAGUCAGCGCCCUCAGGCGAGACAACGGCCCCACUCUGGAGAGAGGCAUCAUCAGCGGAGACAACGUGCAGUUCGGGAGGCUGCGCCGUGACCCGCGUCUGUCCCAGUCCGAGAGCCAGAGCUCUGGGGCCGAAGACGAGUGUUUGAGCUCCUCCUUGGAGGCGAGCGUCUCUUACGGCCAGAGCCCGAAACUGCAGGGCAUGCAGGCGGAAGUAAACUGGUACAACCACGGCGCCUACGAGCAGGCCGAGGGCAGCUACCAUCGGCGACUCGCCUCUCACAACAAAGGGCCGCUGUCCUCCUCCCCGCGGAGCCCGAACGCCAGAGGCUCCUUAACCUUCCACGCCAGACGCGGCGGCAAUCCGCAGCAGUCUCAGGCGCAGCCUGUCGCCACGGUGAAGGCCUCUGGCACCCCUCACCGCCAGUCCAGUAGAGGCCGCAACCGCACCUCCUCUGAGACGGAGCAGGGGGGCAAGGGCAGCCGGGGGCCACACCAGAGGAAGAGGGGCCCCUCUGAGACAGAAGGCAGGCCCAGAUGGGACAAUACCAAGAUGAGUGGACUCCAGUGCCUCGCCGCAGAGAACAUCUGGUUCGACAAACAGCGCUACGAUGAGGCGGAGACGCGCUUCUACGAGGGCGCCAACGGCCCGGCCACACAGCAGUUCCAGGUGAAAACGGCCCUGCAGCACGUCAAAGGGCGCCCGCAGAAACGGCAGCACAGAAACUCAUCCUCACAUGCAGCAGGAGACCAGGAGCUGGUUUCACGCAUGAAGAGCCUCGAGCUAGAAAACAAUUCUCUGCAUAAAGUGGUGGUGGAGAUGAGAGCAGCUCUGCAGAAGCUGGAGUCCAGAGUAGCUGUGCUGGAAAAAAACCCUGCACCAGCAGCCGUCCCUUGUGCUAAGACUGUUCCAGUUCAGGCUGCUCCAGCCAAAGUAGAAAAUGGCGAUGAUGACGACGACGACGACGACAUUGACUUGUUCGGCAGUGAUGAUGAAGAUGAGGAGGCAGAGCGCCUGAAGCAGGAGCGCCUGGAUGCGUAUGCAGCCAAGAAGGCCAAGAAACCCACCCUCAUUGCCAAGUCCUCAAUCCUGUUGGACGUCAAACCUUGGGACGAUGAGACGGACAUGGGGAAGCUGGAGGAGUGCGUGCGCUCGGUGCAGAUGGACGGCCUCCUGUGGGGAGCAUCCAAACUGGUGCCGGUGGGCUACGGCAUCAAGAAGCUGCAGAUCAACUGCGUGGUCGAGGACGACAAGGUCGGCACCGACAUCCUCGAGGAGGAGAUCGUCAAGUUUGAGGACUUUAUCCAGAGUGUAGAUGUCGCUGCCUUCAAUAAGAUCUAAGCUCCGCCAGUUCUUCACCUUCACCACCAAAGUGUUGCUGCUGCUCCUGGCUUACACGGUCAUUAAAUCUCAGCUUUGAGCACAAA